AGUUCCCGCUCUUCCCGCUGAAACCGUAGAAGAAGAAGUGAGUCGGAACUCAAAAUGUCUGCUCCUAAAACGAUCCCUAAAGAUGCUCAGGUGAUGAUCCAGAUCCUGAAGGACAUGGGGAUCACCGAGUACGAGCCGCGAGUCAUCAACCAGAUGUUGGAGUUCACCUACAGAUACGUGACGACCAUCAUCGAGGACGCUAAGAUCUACGCCACGCACGCCAAGAAAUCCACCGUGGACGCCGACGACAUCAAACUGGCCAUCCAGUGCCGCAUGGACCAGUCCUUCACCUCGCCGCCGCCACGAGACUUCCUGUUGGAGAUAGCGAGGCAGAAGAACCAGGCUCCUCUGCCGCUGAUCAAACCGUACACCGGCCCCCGUCUUCCUCCGGACCGCUACUGUCUGACGGCGCCCAACUACAGACUCAAGUCCGUACAGAAGAAGGUGACGUCGUCUGCCGGCAGGAUAUCGGUGCCUCGCCUCAGCGUCGGCGCCGUCUCCAGCAGGCCGAGCACGCCGACCCUCGGAACUCCGUCAGUCCAAUCCGUCACCACUAAAGUCGGAGCUCCGGUGUCUCUGACGGGUCAGAGGUUCACCGUGCAGAUCCCCCCGCCCUCUCAGACGGCCACCACCAAAACCACCACGCCGUCCACGCCCGCCGUCUCCAACGUCCUCAUCAACCCGUCUCUGAUCGGCUCCAAGAACAUCCUCAUCACCACCAACAUGGUGUCGCAGAACUCCGCCGGGGAGUCGCUGAAGAGGAAGCACGAGGACGACGACGACUACGACGCUUUAUGACGGCGGCGCUUUUUCAAAAACAAAUCACCUUUUUAAUGUUUAAAAGAAAUGGCCCCUGCAGCGGAUCCAGACGGAGGCUCAGUAAGAACUGUAAGUGCUGUUAGUGUUAGUUUUCUAAACGUUUAACCAGAGGAGGAGUGGAGCAGUACGAGCAGGACAAACAGACGAAACCUGCUGAUGUUCCAUUUUCACAAUAAACUGAAUUAAAGUCCAAA